AUGGCGGACGCAGCAGAGACAACACGAGUGCCUGACUGGGAAGCCAAAUUCCAUGCAGACUUUGACAGAAUCUGUGCAGUGUUCUGGAGCCAGAUCGCAUCCCAUGCAGAGCAGCCGCAGCCGCAGCCACAGCCGCUUACGACCCCUGGAAACCAGCAUCAGUCGACAACCCUUGCCACAAAACACUCCUCAAAACCAGAGACUCAAAGGGUGCAAUGCCCUAGCGAACCAGCACAACCCGCCGCCCAACUGGACAGCGCUGCUUCGCCAGCCAUCGGAAAAUUGGGAACCGGUGGAACCCUAGGCCCACGAUUCUGA